UGCAGACGGGGGUGGGCGCCUGCCUGUUUGGUCCGGAAAACCAAGCGGUCCAUGUGCGGGUGGAGACGAAGAUGCCUUCCUUACAUGGACAGCGAGCGGCACUGCAAGAUGAGGAUGCGACAGUCGCUUUUGCAAUGCGUACGCCUCCCUUGCGUGUUGUUGCUGUUGUUGUUGGUGGUGGUGGUGAGCAGAGUGGAUGGACACAAUUAGACUGUCAGACUGGACUGGACUGGACCGUAUAGGGGAGGGAGCUGACUGUGAAUAAUAGUUCCUUCAGCGGGGAUGAAUGGCAUGGCUGAAUGAAUGCUAACUGCUUGUGGUAGACAGGUCUUCCACUCCACCUGCUAUGCCACGUUCCUGUCUCUCUCUCUAUCUCCAUCUCUGUCUCACGGUCCUGUCGUUAUCUUCUCUGGUCCAUUCGAGUCGAAUAGGUUGCACAAUUACACGGGCACGGUGGGGCUUUAUCUCCAGCGUACGACACAGGACCUCAGGACCCUGGCGCGACAAUGGCAUGGCUGCUCUGGUCUGGCUGGUCGGCUCCAAACCAUGGGCCUGCAAUGCCCCCAUUUGCCGCGAGGCGUCCUGUCUGCUUGAGGGCAAGUCAGGGGCAACCUCCCGCAGAUCUUUGGUGGGCCCCUGGUGGAGGCUCGUUUCGGCAUCGUCAGGGGGCGCUCUUCAAUUCCCCACAACACUCCCCCCCUCCAGCGAAUCAACACCACCACACGUCCCCGACACUGCCACCACAGCGAUGCGCCCACCUGUCCACCGCUACCGCUUCUACCGCCUCGUGUCCAAAUGGGUGACGACCGCGACCCGCCCAGUCCCUCUUGAGCAUAGGCUUGGAACCGCAUGCUUCGAUAUAUGACCCUGCCAACUGCCCGCCCCUGCCCUUGUACGCCAACCCUCUGAUUCCUCCCUCGUCCACGAGAGGUUUCUAGACACCGCCUUUUUCUCUUUUAGACCUGUGGAACUCUCCAAGGUCGUUACGCUCAUU